CCAAUUUUAAAGGCACACGGACGAAAAUCUCAUAGUGGUAGUCAUCGCUUCCAACUUUGGAUCCAAAAUAGACACGGACUGACGGGUGGUUGAGGCCGAACAAGAGAGUGAGUCAACCGCAACCUUCUACAUCCCAAACGACAACGAUGAUCGCCAACGGUGCCGAGGACGAAGAGAAAUGGCUCGCCGCCGGGAUUGCUGGUCUCCAACAGAACGCCUUCUACAUGCAUCGAGCUCUGGAUUCCAACAAUCUCCGAGACGCCCUCAAAUAUUCUGCUCAGAUGCUCUCCGAGCUUCGAACUUCGAAGCUUUCUCCUCACAAAUACUAUGAACUCUACAUGCGGGCAUUUGACGAAUUGAGGAAGUUGGAGAUGUUCUUCAAGGAAGAGACUCGUCGUGGUUGCUCUGUUAUUGAUCUCUAUGAACUUGUGCAGCACGCUGGUAACAUAUUACCAAGAUUAUAUCUCCUCUGUACGGUGGGAUCUGUUUACAUCAAAUCUAAGGAGGCUCCUGCAAAAGAUGUUCUUAAAGAUCUUGUGGAAAUGUGCCGUGGCAUUCAGCAUCCUGUACGUGGGCUCUUCUUAAGAAGCUACCUCUCCCAAGUCAGCAGGGAUAAAUUACCUGACAUAGGUUCUGAGUAUGAAGGGGAUGCUGACACUGUUGUGGAUGCUGUGGAGUUUGUUCUUCAGAAUUUCACAGAAAUGAACAAACUUUGGGUUCGCAUGCAAUAUCAGGGACCUGCCCGGGAAAAGGAGAAACGGGAGAAAGAGAGGAGCGAGCUGCGUGAUCUUGUUGGGAAGAACCUCCAUGUCCUUGGUCAGAUAGAGGGUGUUGAUCUGGAUAUGUACAAAGAUUCAGUGCUUCCCAGGGUCCUGGAGCAGGUUGUUAACUGUAAAGAUGAGCUUGCUCAAUUCUAUUUGAUGGAUUGCAUAAUUCAAGUCUUUCCUGAUGAGUAUCACUUGCAAACACUUGACGUGUUGUUGGGUGCAUGCCCCCAACUUCAGCCAUCUGUUGACAUCAAGACAGUGCUAUCCCAGUUAAUGGAAAGGCUUGCAAAUUAUGCUGCUUCAAGUUCAGAAGUUUUACCUGAGUUCUUGCAAGUGGAAGCUUUUUCCAAAUUGAGUAAUGCCAUUGGGAAGGUGAUAGAAGCACAACCAGACAUGCCUAUAAUGGGAGUUGUAACUUUAUAUUCUUCUCUUCUUAAAUUUACUCUCCAUGUCCACCCGGACCGACUUGAUUAUGCCGACCAAGUAUUGGGAGCAUGUGUCAAGAAACUCUCUGGCAAAGGGAAGAUUGAAGAUAACAAGGCAACAAAGCAGAUUGUUGCACUCUUAAGUGCUCCCCUUGAGAAAUAUAAUGAUAUUGUUACUGCAUUAAAGCUUUCAAAUUAUCCCCGUGUUAUGGAAUUCCUUGAUAAUGCAACGAAUAAAGUCAUGGCAACUGUGAUAAUUCAAAGCAUUAUGAAAAAUAGAACUCAAAUUUCAACUAUUGACAAGGUCGAAGCCUUAUUUGAAUUGAUAAAAGGGCUUAUCAAGGAUUUGGAUGGAACUUUUGAUGAUGAGAUCGAUGAAGAUGAUUUCAAGGAGGAGCAGAAUUCUGUUGCACGACUUAUCCAGAUGCUUUAUAAUGAUGAUCUAGAAGAAAUGUUUAAGAUUAUAUCUACAGUGAGGAAGCACAUAUUGACUGGAGGAUCAAAGCGUCUAAUUUUUACUGUUCCUCCACUUGUUUUCUCUUCUCUUAAGUUGGUUAGGCAAUUGCAAGGCCAGGAAGAAAAUCCGUUUGGAGAUGAGGAAUCAACUACACCAAAGAAAAUAUUUCAGCUUUUAAAUCAGACCAUUGAGGCUCUAUCAAAUGUUCCAGCACCAGAAUUGGCCUUGCGUUUGUAUCUGCAAUGUGCUGAGGCUGCAAAUGACUGCGAAUUAGAACCUGUUGCAUAUGAAUUUUUCACCCAAGCGUAUAUUCUGUAUGAAGAAGAAAUUUCAGAUUCAAAGGCACAGGUGACUGCAAUACAUUUGAUAAUUGGGACUCUCCAGAGGAUGCAAGUCUUUGGUGUUGAGAAUAGGGAUACGUUAACUCACAAGGCCACGGGGUAUUCUGCGAAGCUUUUAAAGAAGCCUGACCAGUGCAGAGCUGUUUAUGCUUGCUCACAUCUGUUCUGGGUUUGUGAUCAAGAAAAUUUGAAGGAUGGAGAGAGGGUCCUCAUUUGCCUAAAGCGUGCUUUAAGAAUUGCAAAUGCUGCUCAGCAAAUGUCCAGUGCAACAAGAGGUAGCACUGGUUCAGUGACACUCUUCGUCGAGAUAUUGAACAAGUACCUUUAUUUCUUCGAAAAAGGGAACGCACAGAUUACAAGUUCUUCAAUCCAAAGCUUGAUCGAAUUGAUUACAACUGAAAUGCAAAGCGACUCUACUACACCAGACCCAGCUACAAAUGCUUUCUUUGCCAGCACAUUGCGGUACAUCCAAUUUCAGAAGCAGAAAGGUGGUGCGGUGGGUGAGAAAUAUGAGCCUAUCAAAGCCUAACUGGCUAGAGGAAGAGGAGAGGGGUUUCUAUGUAGAAGGGCACAACUUUAAUUUGAUUUGGAAAUUGUGAACUGAUUUCUCUACCUUUGCCCGGUUAAGGCCCAUUUCUAUGGGCCCCGCGAAAAGAAGGGCUCAACAUCAGAAAAUGCUAUGUUCAUUGUGGAGUAAUUUUUGUUUUAGGUUGGAUUCGGUUACAAUUUUAUAGAAAUGUCUUUUACAUUUUCUUAAUAAGAAUAAUUGUGGAAAAAAUUGAUAAAUUUUAAUUAUAAAAUCACUCGUAAGUUUAACUUA